ACGGAACCUCCCACCAAUGGAGUCGGUGCUGAGGCGGGAUCAUGUCUUCCUCAUAUUCUGGCAACAGGUUGCACGGAGGAGCGAUGUCUGUAGUUCACGCAGUUCUGAGUACCAUAUUUUCAUCCCACUAAGAGCGCGCUGAGCUGCUGGCGUAGCGGUCAGACGCACGGGUCUCAGAGAAGAGAUAAACAGCGCAUUCAAACUGGAGAUUCUUGCUGUCUUCGGGGGUGCAGUGAAAUAAGAGAAUAAGGAGCUAAAACGGGGGUACAACUAUGAGCAGUCUGUCUGGUGACAGGAAGCCGCUUGUGGACUACGGCGUUCAGAUCCGCUUCAUCAAAGACCUUCACGACGCUGGCGGAGGUCUCCCGGACAAGACCAAAGCCCAGCCCGCCUCUGCCCCUGCCAACAAGUACGGAGUUGCUGUCCGGGUACAGGGGAUCUCUGGUCAGCCCUACGUUGUCCUAAAAGAUGGAGAGAAAGGAGAUUCAUAUGGGGUACAACUUAACACCCCCUCUCCCAGUUCUGGACCACCUUCACCGUACAGUACUCUUUCAAAAAACAAAGAAGGUCCAGAUUUUGUGAACCCUUAUAGUCCAAAUGACAACACUUCUCCAUCCCCUGUGUUGCCAGCUGAGGAGGAGAUGGGUGAGAUUUUUGGGAGCCCUCUUAGGAGACCACCAGGAGAUGGUCAAGCUGGGACACAGGGUGAAGAUGAGGUAGUAGCCACUAAGAAGUCAGAAGACCACACAAAAGUUGAGAUCAAAGCCAACGAGGCGAGCAAAGACCAAACAAGUGAAGAAAAGUACAAUGAAGCCGGACUAAAACCGGUCAGACCAAACGGACUUGGACCAAAGGGGGUCAAAAGCUCUAGUUACUCGCUAAAUAAACUCAAUUCUUCCCUGGACACAUUUCCGGACCCUCCCAACUUUGAUGUAGCCCCCGCCCCAGCUAUAGACACAAACUCUUUAGCCCCCAUCAACAAACUGAUUAGUAAAUUCAAUUCAACGUCAGGUAGUGUUCAGCAAACUAGGGGGCGCAGUGGAGCAAGGCAAAGAUUGAAAUUUGAUGAACGGCGAAGGUCAAGAAGUCUCGAUGCCAGAAAAGAAAUCCAACCUGAAAUUGCGUCACCUACAUCUCCCACUGUGAAUCCUUAUGGGCCGCCCCUCUCCUCUUCCACAAACUCUAUAUUAAGUAAUAAUAGUCUUGGUAGGAAAUCGCCGACUGUUGCUAAGGUGAGUGCACUUGAGGCCCCAAAACCAAGCUAUAAACCGCAAGGGAUGUUUGUUGCCAAGGACACGCCGCCAGCAAUAUCAAAAAAGCCAGACAUACAGCCAAGGAGCUUUAGCACAGAUGGAGAGGAAGCCCGGAUCAAGCAGGCGAUUCUUAACAUACUGAAAGAAGGAUCUCUUGAAAAUGACCUAGUGCUCAGAAGAAAAGCCAAUACUGUCUAUGAGACGACCAAAAUCAUAAAGACGGGAGCGACUGAGGGAGGUCUGAAAAAGGACUCACUUGAAGAUAUUCAAGAGGAACUCAGUCGAUACAAGAGAGAUCUGCAACAAGCACAAGAUGAACUUGCAGUGGAGCGAAUGUCCCGUGAAGCAUCAGAGUCCCGCCUGCGUCUCCAGGAGGACCAGCUGGCAGGGCUUCAGGAGGAGCUCAGGAGGGUCUCUGAACUCACCCCUCCAUCAGACUCCAUUCAGACGGAUCUAGUGGCUCUUCAGGCAGAGCUAGCUGAAGCCACAAUGCUACGUCAACGGCAGGAGGAGACACUCAGACAGAGAGAGCGUGAACUAACUGCCCUGAAGGGGGCGCUAAAGGAGGAGGUAGAGUGUCACGACCGUGAGAUGGAGACUCUGAGAGAGCAGUACAGUAUAGACAUGGAGAACCUGAGGAGGACCAUGGAGCAAGUGACGCAGUCCCAGGAGCAGAUCGAGGAGGAGAGGGAGAGAGUGAAUGCCUCUGUGUUGACGCUAGAGGAGGAGCUGGAUAGGAGCAGAGUCAAAGAAGAAGAGUGGAAAAAACAACUGGACUCCACCAACCAGGACCUGAGCAGCAUCAAAGACCAGACGGAGAGGCACUGCAGCAGCCAAAAAUUGGCAAAAACAUCUUUAGAAAAGGAAGAAUUUGAAAAGGAAGUCAAGAGUCUCAAAGAGUCAAUGAAGAAACAAGGUCCUGGAUCGGAUCUGAGCGGUUUGGCUGAGGAGCUGCGCCGUUGCCAUGAGGACCUGAAGAGGGCUCGGGCCGAUCUGGAGAAACAAAAAGGCGAAGUAAAUGAGAAAUCUGAUGCUCUUCUUUCUCUGAGAAAAAGCAGCACUGCAAAGGAGGCAGAGCUGAAUGAAGAGAUCAAGAAGUUAAAAGAGCAGUUGGAAAAGGAGAAAGAUGAACUGGAAAGAAUCAAAGAGUCAUCUGCUGGAAGUGGAAAAACUGUGGUGGACUAUGGCGCCAACUCUGAGCUGCAAGAAGCAAACAGCCGUCUCCGUGAGCGACUGGCCAGAAUGACGAGGCUGCACUCCACCCCUCGAAGCGCAGAGACAGAGGAGGCCAUGGAGGCUUUAGAGGAUGAGAACCGAGCCCUGAAAUCACACCUGGAGGAGGCGAAGAGGGCCACGACGCGCCUCACCAAAGAACGGGAUGAGCUGAACAGGCGUCUGGAGGAGAGGGACCUGGAGCGAGACGCCCUGAGGAGGGGCAAGAGCGACUUAGAGGAGCAGAAGAGGUUACUGGACCGAGCACUGGACAAGAUCAACAAAGAGAUGGAGAUGAUGAUGGGCGACUCACGUCAGUCGGUGGCCACGCUGCAGUCUCAGCUGGAGGAGUACAGGGAGCGCUCCCGUAAAGACCUCCAGGAGGCCCAGAGGAACAGCAAAGACCGACUGGCCGAGCUGCAGCGGGCUCAGGGCAACCUCAAGGCCCAGCAGGAAGAGGUUUCUCGUCUGAAGAAGGACUUGUUGUCAUGCAGCGAGGAGAGAGACAGCGCUCAGCUGGAGAGGGACCUCCUCAGUAAUCGCCUCAAACAUUUAGAGAGUGAACUGGAGACUGAGAAGAGCAGCCAGACAGACCGCUCCAGAGAGAUCCGUGGGCUCGAGGAUAAAAUAAAGUCUUUAGAAAUUGAGUUGGAUGAGGAGAAGAGCAGCGUAGAGCUCCUAAACGACCGCGUCACACGCAGCAGAGAUCAGGUGGACCAACUGCGCUCGGAGCUGAUGCAGGAGCGGUCAGCGAGACAUGAUCUGGAGAUGGACAAAAGUGCACUGGAAAGACAGAUGAAAGAGCUGCGGACUCGUAUGGCUGACAUGGAGGGGCAGAGCAGACCCUCGCCCGGCCUGGCGUUGAUGGAGAGUAAGAUCCAGGAGUUAGAGGAGAGAUUGCGUAGCGAAGAGAGGGAAAAGGCCAGUAUUUUAGCCUCUCAAAGACGAACAGAGAGAAAACUUAAAGAACUCAAUGCAACACUGGACCAGGAGAGGACUCAACAUGUGGAGCAGAGAGAUCAGCUGACCCUUCGAGUGAAGGCUCUGAAGAGGCAGGUGGAUGAGAGUGAGCUGGAGGUGGAGCGCUUGGAGGGCGUCCGUCGAAAAGUGCUCAGAGAUUUAGAGGAACAACAGGAACUACAGGAGGCGCUGCAGGCUAAGGUGUCCGCAAUGGAGUCGGAGCUGAAGCGUAAAGCACUUUCAACCCAUCGCUCCACUAUAGGCUCUGCUUUGAGCUCAGAAGACGAAGACGGUUUCUAUGACACCAGCCUCUCCACCCUCUUGAGCGAAAGUCACCUCCAAACCUCCAACUGCUGAAGAAAAACUAACAUUGUGUAAUUACCCCCACUCCAGAAAGAAAAUACUCAGGGUAAAACACCCAUUUGUAUGAAAAAGACCAAAACAUUACAUAAUAUUUCAAAUUAUUUACGAAAUACAGAACUGUGCGAAAUGUAUAUCAAUUAUACACAGUUAUGCUGAAUAGCUUUUUAAAAAUUUCUACUUUCUUAUAAAAAAUUAAACACUAGACCUCUGCAGAUGCACUUGUCCUUAUCUUGCAAUGGUUAAAGGUCUUAUAUUACACAAAAUUGUAAUAUUUUUUCUUGAAGCCAUGUCAUGUUGUUUUCUCAUCAAAGGCCUAAGCAUUCCUUUAUUAUUACAACAUCUCCAAAGCUCAACAUGCUCUGGUCCUCCUUGUGAUGUCAUGACAUGGUAGUUUUCCUGUAUUACCACAUGACAUCACAAGGUGGAUUUUCUGUUUGAGAGUUUGUGUGUUAAACAUGUGUGAAUGAAACAAAACACAACUUCAGAUAGUUUGUGAUGAGGAAAUAACAUAAUAUAGAUCAGAGAAGAGCAUAAUAUGGGCCCUUUAGGAUAUAGUGCUACUUCAAAUAGCCAAAAAACCUUUAAGAUAUUAAUUUGAGUGAUAUUAGCACAUCACAUUUCCAUGACUUAAAAUAGUAGUAAUAUAUAUUUAUUUAAACCUUUAUUUUCUCUCUAUAAAACGAGUACUGGACACACCUGGCUUACAUGCUGUUUGUUUUUACUUUAUAUGUAUUGGUACACUUGUGCACGGUUUACUGAAGUUUUGCAUUGAGAAGAGCCAAGACCAGAUUUUAAAUACCUUAGACCUUACUUUGAGACCAAAAACUUUUUUCUUUUUUGUCACUGUUGUGUUGUUGACGUUUGUUGUCUAUAGUUGUGUUUUGCAUGGAUUUAUAUCUGCCAGUGUUUGUGUUUAAAGUGAAGUUUUUACCAUUUAAUGUGACACUGAUGGGCUAUGUGGACUGAGCCUAUAUUUUACAUUAUAUUAGCUACUGUUCAAGACAAUCGAAUCCAAAAAGCUGUAUAUUUUCAAUCAGGCUUCAUUUUGAGAUUUUCUACUUUUAUAACAACAUGUAUACUGUAUAUGUGUGUUCACUGUCACUGUUUUAAACCCUGUGGUUCUGAACUGGAGGGACCUAAUUAUAAAUUAUGCUGUUGUUUCACACAUCUAAUUAAACAAAUGUAUGAACAUUUAUGGCCUGGUCAGGUUUACUCCCAGUUUAGCCCCUGUAUUGUAUUGCGUGGGAACAUGGCCUAAAACUGCUCAAGGAACUUAUUCUUGGGUUUCACCUUCCUGUUAUAGGCAGAAUUUUGAGGACUUUUUCACAUUCUAUAGAUAUAAUUUUUAGUUUUAAAUUGUUAAUCAUUAUGUAUGAUUCUGAAACUCAUGGAUACCGUUAAUCUUCCCACUGUCCACAUUUAGGGCCCAGACCACCAGUUGAGAACCACUGGCCUUUCCCAUGCACGUUAUCACUGAAAAUGCCUUACAGUUAUCUGUUUAAUUAUUUUUUGCCGUAGCUUGUGCAUUUUGUGGUUAUGUUUUGUUGAAGUGCUUGUUGAUAGUGUUUUAAUAUGCCUGCCUGUGCGUGCAUUCACGGUGCAUUCCUACUGACAGACGCAUUAGGUCAUUGUUGGCAAAAACCAGUUGCACUUGGCUUUUGAUUAUUAUUAUUGUUAUAUACAUACUAUAUUGAUGUUUUGAUCAUGUCAGUGAUUUGAAACUUGUCACUUUUAAAAUGAUUUCUGAGAAAACUUAUAUGAAGCAUUUGUGUUUGAUAUGAAGUGCAUUGCUUUGUAUGCUUUUCCAGAAGUUUAACAGAUUCUAUGUACAUAUUAAAAUGUAUGUACAAUAAAUAUGUUUAUGGAGUCUGCACCACAAUAGUUAGUUUAUAUUGUGUCUUUUUGGACUGGGAUUCAAACAUAGAUUGCAGAGAAGAAUCAGA